AUGCAGAAAAUGCUGAUGGUCUUUUGCAUGCUGUCUGUGCUCAGGAUUGGACAUCCAAAACGUGACACCAGCAGCAUCAUUGAAGUCUUUCCGUCUGAGCCAGUCUAUCCAGGAGACCCUGUGGCUCUCCAGUGUUCACUCCUCUCUGACUCGGAGAACAAAGCCUGUCCAGCAGAACACAGUGUGUUCUGGUUCAGAUCAGAUGAGUCUCAUCCCAGGAUCAUUUACACUCAUGGAAACAGGGGUGAUGGAUGUGAGAAGAGUCCUGAGGCUGGCUCUCCUCCACAGAGCUGUGUCUACAACUUCUCCAAGAACAGCGGCAGCUCCUCUGAUGCUGGGACUUACUACUGUGCUGUGGCCACAUGUGGGGAGAUCCUGUUUGGAAAUGGAGCUAAACUGGACAUCAAAGCCAACUGGGAUAACUAUAUGGCCCAGCAUAUACUUCUGUUAGUGCUGUCUGCUGCAUUGGCCAUAUGUCUGAUUGUUAUCACCUUCCUCAUCUACACCAUCAAGACAAAAACACCCAGUUACUGUGACGCUGCAAUUCCCCUGCACAUAAAUUCUUCAACAGCCAGUGAUGAUCAGCAAAGCCAGCAGUUAGGGAAAUGA